AUUUUUUUGAUCGUGGGGACUGCGUACACGUUGUCCGUUUUUCUUUCUACUUCAUACUACUGGGAAAUGGCGUAUGGACAUUGCUGAAUGCUGCUGAAUGCAGUCCAGAGCCAUAUAUCGAACUGAACUGUUGCAUUAUAUGCUAUUUGCAUCGAUCAGAAGCUUGCAGAGAGUGCAUAGAAUAUCGUAUAAGAUCGGGGAGAUCUUUCGGCGAUUAUUAAAAGCAGAAGAGAAACAUCAGAAGUCCAAGUGGUUUUACGUUUGAACAACGUUUUGAACAACAGAAUCAAAAUGAUGCGUAUGGAGAUUACGAACGGAUUGAUACAAUGCACCUUUAUGUAUGAAAAGGCAAAAGUAUUGCGCGAAGUAUGGCAACAACUCGAAAAAGAAGUGGGAAUUAAGCAGGAUGAUUUUUACACUAUAUUUAAUGGCCAACUUUUGAAUCCAGAUGAUAUCUGUCGUGGUUAUUUAUCCAUAAUUCCGAGAACAUCUGGUGGUAAAGGUGGCUUUGGUUCAAUGCUGCGUGCAAUAGGUGCACAAAUAGAAAAGACCACAAACCGUGAGGCUUGCAGAGAUCUAAGUGGUCGUAGAUUGCGCGACAUAAACGAAGAAAAGAGACUUAAGUCUUGGAUUGAGAAACAAGCCAAGAGAAAGGAGGAGAUAGCGGAACGUAAAAAAAGGAAGCUGGAGAAACUCUGUGCUGAACCAAAACACGAAUUUAAGGAUCAGCGUUACGAACAGGAAAGAUCAGAGCUGACAGAAAAAGUCGGAGAUGCAGUGGAGGAAGGUUUCAAAGCUGCUGUUACAUCUGGUGUAAAGAGAAAAUUGGAAGAGGAUACUAAACCGAACAAACGCAGGACAAUGUUAGAUCUAGAUAUCGAUUCUGAUGAAUUUUAUACUUCAGACGACAAUGAUAGCGAUGACACAUCAUCUACAAAAGAAAGCAAAACAGUGCAAAAAUCAAACGACAGCGGGCAUUCCAGUGAUGAUAGUGGGAAAGUCAAUGGGAACACAAUGAUAGAAAGCGAUUCUAUGGUAUCAGCUGAUGGUCAGAUGAACAAUGAAAUUCCACCUACAGAGUCAGCAGAUAACAAAAGCACCAAUGAGUCUCAGGAGAAUUCAGGAGAAAAAUUAGAUUCCAAAGCAGUAAUAAUUAACUGCUUGAUCUGGCUUCCAAGUUGCUCUUGUCGAAUGUUUUGUUUCCAUCUGAGAUGAGAUCACGAAAGAUGAGAUAAUAUAACUUGUUACAAAUACCAAUACCAAAACCAAUGGACUGAUUUUUAACUUUCUAUUUUAAAUAUUUUGUUGUUACAAUAAUGGUCUAAAAAGAAUUCUGCAGUAUCAAUAUAAAACUAUAAAUAUGCAUAUGCUUUUUUUAUACAUGAAU